GCCCAACGCGACAGAGAGAGAGGGAAACCCAUUCGUAUGUCAUUUUAUGAAGGCCGCCAACAUACAUACAUACGCACAUUCAUCCCAUACGUGCCACAAGUGUGUGUUUUUGUGUGUCCAUGGACAGACACCACAGCCGAUGUAUGUCUUCUGAUGGUAUGUAUCCACUUAACGCGCACCCGCCGACAGCCUCAAGAAAACCCCCUAUGUAGCCGCAUAUCCACUAUCGAUGCACUAGCCUAGCUUGUCGCCCCUCCCCGGCUAAUCCAGCAGAUCGAAUGAGCCGUAGUAGACGUAGUCACGCGUGUACUCGAGUCGGUAUCGCCCACAGAACUCCCGGCGGGCACAUGACACCGACCUGACACGCACCAAGGACAAACGGACGGAUGCCCAUCGUUCUGCAUGUUUGGUCGGGCUGGAUGCCUACUCCCGUGCGUCUGUGUCGAAUCCGCACAUGUGGCCGUGUUCGUAGGCCUGCAUCUCAGCCAUGAUCUCGCCAAACGUGAUGCCCUUAGCCUGACACAUGAAUCACACAGUCGGACACACGGCGACAGACAUGGACACCCCGCCCCCCUCCCCCCCUCAUUGUGCGUCUCGUCGCCCACCGGAUCUUUCGCCUUGAUGGCGAGCGCCAGGGAUUGGUUCUCGCCGCACUCACCCAAAAUUAUGCCCUCCUCACCCUGGUUGCACUGCUCGUAGUCCUGCCAACCUACAAAACAACACACACACCCGGGUCGCAAUAUCUCCCUCCCCCCUCCCCCGGCCUCCCUCUCUCACGGCCUCUGAGGUCUCUGAGGGUGCGCUCCGACAGGGGGACGUUGGUAAUGAUCCUGCGAUGCGAGGCACAGCAUUCUUAAUCCUCUCUCUCUCGACCACCACAUGAUCUCACAUCGAUGGGUAGGGGUAGACUAUUUUGGCCUUCCUCUCCUCAAACGCAUACUUGUCCUCCUUGUACAGCCCCCCUGCCAGAUGCACAAACUCUAUCGGAUCCCAGAUGCCCCGCAACGAGAUGACGGCGGGCUCCGACGGCCGUCGCCCAUUCUUGACCUUGACCUCAGCUAACACCUCCUGCGGAACAAGAGCAUUUGGCCGGUGGUUGUCGCGUCACGCAUCCAUCCAUCGUGGUUACCUUGAGGCGCCGCUCGUAGUCCUUCAUCGCCAGCCUGCCCUUCUCGCGGGGCACCUGCUGAUCUGCCGGCAAAAAGCUCAUCGUUUGGCUUAUCUAUAAGACAACCGUGGGAUCCUCG